AUGUUGACAUGGCCACCCCGGAGCCUGCCCAGCGUGAAGGUGCUAAUCACCAUUGGGUUAUUCAUAACCAUGCUCUGGAACCUCAAGUACGUUCUUAACUUGUCUGACAUCUUCAGUAGAGCCCCCAGGCACACUAAGCCUCUGAUGAUCCUGGUCUGGGAAUGGCCCUCCAAGCAGGCUCCAAACAUCAGCACGGAUGUCUGCAGAGACCUCUACAACAUCAUGGACUGCUGGCUCACCAUGGAUCGCAGGCUGUACAGCCUGGCAGACGUGGUGGUGUUCCACCAUGACACUCUCCAGAAGAACAGGGACAAGCUCCCAAAGGAGAAGCCUCCUGGGCAGAACUGGCUGUGGGUCUCCUUGGAGUCCCCCACAAACACUAAAGCUUUAGCAGGAUGGAAACAAACCUUCAACUGGGUCAUGACCUACAGACAAGACUCAGACAUCUUCAUGCCCUAUGGCAAGCUUGUGCCCAACCGGUCAGCAAUGGUGAACAUCCCCAAUAAGACCAGCUUGGUGACCUGGGUCAUCAGCAAUUAUCACAGGUCUCAGAAAAGAGCAGCGGUCUACAGAAACCUCUCCAGGUACCUCCAUGUGGACAUAUACGGGAAGGCAAACAAAAAGCCACUUUGCAAGGACUGCCUCCUGCCAACCACGUCCAAGUCCAAGUUCUACCUUGCCUUUGAGAACUCCAUCCACCGGGACUACAUCACCGAGAAGGUCUGGAGGAACUCCCUGAUGGCUGGAACUGUGCCGGUGGUGCUUGGCCCACCCCGGGCCAACUACGAGCAGUUUGUUCCUGCAGACUCUUUCAUCCACGUGGACGACUUUCAGUCCCUGGCAGAGCUGGCCACCUUCCUGAAGACCAUGAAUGCCAGUCGGUACCGGCAGUUCUUUGCGUGGCAGAAGAGGUACAGCGUGAAGCUCUACGUGGACUGGAGGGAGCGCAUCUGUAUGAUUUGCACCAAGUACGCCAGCCUGCGCCAGGGUCACGUGUAUCCUGACCUGGAGAGCUGGUUCAAAGCCUAGCACGGGG